AUGAAGGCUCGGUUCGAAUCGUUCGAUGUGGUUGCAUGUGUUUCGGAACUAAAAAAUAUUCUAAUUGGCUACCGAUUAGUCAACAUUUAUGACGCAAACAAUAAAACGUACUUAUUUAAACUUUCUAAUUCAUCUUCCGAUGAAAAAUUAUUUUUGCUUAUCGAAUCUGGCGUUCGGAUGCACCUUACUGGUUUUUCAUGGCCAAAAAGCACCAUGCCCCUUGGCUUCACAAUGAAACUUCGUAAGCAUAUCAAAAACAAGAAGCUGUCUGAUAUUAAGCAGCUGGGUAUCGAUCGUCUGGUAGAUCUUACUUUUGGAUUUGAUGAAAACGCAUACCAUCUCAUCGUGGAAUUGUAUGACAAGGGCAACAUGUUUCUUACAGAUGCUUCCUAUACUAUACUGCACUUGCUUCGCACGAGAACAGACGCCGAUCAGGACGUUAGAUAUGCCACUCGGGAGCGAUUUCCUGUUGAGUUGGCCCGUCCUUUCCCAGAUGUUCUUGUUGAUCUUCAGAAUUCCUCAACUGUCGAAAGACUUACUCAGACAAUAAGCGAACUUCUUCUAAAUGCAAAUGGACCCUGGAACGCCAUGCCUCCUCCUACUGAGGGCUCCGAUCGCUUACCCAUUGUAACCGUUCUUAAUAAUUAUUUCUCGUUCGGCACUGGGUUAAUUGAGCAUUGUUGCUAUCUGGCUGGACUCUCAAAUGUUAAGCGUCCACGUAAAGGCGAAAAAACCGAAAGUUUAUUUGUCACUUCACCUGAUUCCGAGGCCUGCCGCGUAGAAUUUAGCCGGAAAAUUGCCAUAGCUCUUAUCGAGGUGCUUUUGCAAAUACAGGGGAAAUCGUCGUUAACUGGGGACUCUAGUUCUACGCCCGCCGUGAUUCUAGGCACGCCUGACUCCAAGGAACCGGAAAAACUCACAAAGUACGUGGCCGUGGAUGAAUUCUACUCCAGCUUGGAGAUCCAACGAACCGAAGUCCAAAUUGCGCAGAAUGAGAAGAAUGCUAAUAAGAAGUUGGACAAUAUCAGAAGAGACCAGGAACAGCGACUUAGGACCCUCAAGGAGGAACAGGUUGCAGACAACAGACGGGCUCAGUUGCUGGAACUCAACGCCGAAUUGGUCGACAAGGUCAUUGUGACCUUGAACUGCGCAAUAGCCAAUCAGACCAACUGGAAGGUUCUCGAACAGGUCUUGGAGAACCAGAAGCAACUCGGGGACGACCCAGUGGUAAACUGCAUUGUGCGUCUUCAACUCGCAUCGAAUCAGGCCGUUCUGCGCCUCUGCGAUCCCUACGCAAAUGACGAUGACAGCGACAACGAAGCUUCCUCUAUGGAUAUUUUAGUUGAUCUCGACUGCACAGCCUUGCAAAACGCCAAGAAAUACUACUCACAUCGUCGACAGGCCGAGGCAAAGGAGCAGAAGACAAUAGCUGGCACAAAAAUCGCUCUGAAAGUCGCGUCAAAGAAGGCGGAAAAGACACGGAAGGAGGUCCGCAACGUGCAGAAACCAACCAAGACGCGCAAACCGUUUUGGUUCGAGAAAUUCCACUGGUUCAUCAGUUCAGAAAACUACCUCGUUCUGGCCGGUCGUGACGCCGCGCAAAACGAGAAUCUGGUCAAACGACACUUCCGCCAGCAUGACAUCUACGUCCACGCUGACGUCCACGGCGCCAGCAGCGUCAUCGUCAAGGCGCGGCGUCUCCAGCCCUCCGAACAGCCUCCUCCAGGCAGGUGCGCGUCUGGCAACGAAGACUCCGCGCUUCCCCAACCACCAAUGAAAACCCUCAUUGAGGCUGGUCACAUGGCCGUUGCCCUUAGCAACGCGUGGUCCGCCAAGGUCAUCACUAACGCCUGGUGGGUGCGCUACGAGCAGGUGUCGAAGACGGCGCCCACGGGAGAAUACCUCCCUACGGGGUCGUUCGUCAUCCGUGGACGCAAGCACAUGCUGCCUCAGUGUCACCUCGCGUACGGCAUCGCAAUCCUCUUCAAGCUUGGAGACGAUUCAGUUGAGCGUCACCUGGGUGAGCGUUGCAUCGACUUGGACUCCGCUACCGACGUCUCUACGUCGAAGUACGACGCAGUAGCUGCUGUGGCAAAAGACGAGGGCGAUUCCGAAGCAGACGACGCCGAACUGACCACAGCCUUCCGAAACGUCUCUCUCAAUCUCAACGUUAAUCGAAUUAAGAAAUCGCAGCCGGCACCACAGAAAGACGGCAAGCGCAGUAACACACAGAAUCCUCCGUCAAAGGUGGAGACAGCGGGGAAAAGGACAAACGCCGGUCCAAACCCUCUGAAACGAGGCCAGAAGGCCAAAAUGAAGCGUAUCAGGCAGAAAUACGGCGAUCAAGACGACGAGGAGCGUCAAAUGCGCCUGAAAAUACUUCAGGGUGCCAACGCCAAAUUGAGCGUCGUCCACGACAUCGGAAAGGCUCCACACCAAGUCGCGAAGAUGGACGAAGACGAUGAUGAGGCAGUGCCAUUUCCUCCAGUUGAAGAUGUCGUGUCGUCGGAUUCCGAACAGCAAGAAGAGGUGGAGGAGGAGAAGGUGGUUGUGGCGGUGGAGGGUAAGGAGGAGGAAGACGAGGGGGUAGCGUGGGUGGCGGAGGAGUCGCCUCUGGAGACGCUGACUGGUCAGCCGGUCGACGAGGACACGCUGCUCUUCGCGUUGCCCUUCUGCGCGCCGUAUAGCGCGCUGGCGAAGUACAAGUACAAAGCCAAGCUCAUUCCGGGCACGCAGAAGCGCGGGAAAAUUACUAAAUUGGCGAUUCAACACUUCAGCCAGGACAAGGCAGCGAGUCAGCUGGAGAAGCAGUUGAUUCAGUGUCUGCGUGAGGAAGACGUCUGUCGAGUUCUGCCAGGACCCGCGAAGAUAACAUUUUUGGAGUCGCAACGCCACGCCUAG